UGCUUGCUUCCUGUUUCUUCUUCUUGCUUCUUCCCUCACCGCGCGUGCAGGGAGGAGGAUUCGCCGUCUUCGCCUGCAGACCCAGAGACUUUCAACAGAAGAAGUAUUCAGUUCUGGACAGAAAGGUGCAUGCAUGAAAACGUUAAGCAAAGAACUAAAAUGUCUGUGAACUUGAAUGUGCAGUUGCGUGUGUCUUUCAAGCGCAGGCUGCGUCUGAGGUAGCUCCUGCGUGAUCAGGGAUUUCUUGAAGAAACUGCGUCCGUUCUUCUGAAACGCCCCGGUGUAUGUACACCCGCGGGGGUCUCGCGCGGGGCUUCUCCUCCGAAAGACCGUCUCUUGGAGUCCUCUUUUGGCGGCGAGAAACGCGAGAAGACAGCCUCGGAAGAAGAGAAAGAUAUGAGGUAAACGAGGGGAACCUGACGCGCGAAAAGAAAGCGAGACAUGGCCUCUCUGCUGCAAAUCGCUGCGGCCCUCCGGGGCCAAGACUCCGCGUCUGUCUCCCCGCAGAUGUCUGUACAGCUGAACGCGUCGCUGAAUCUCGCAUGUUCGAAGCCUCUCUCCGUUCUCUUCGCGAAUCAAGGGGAGAAGAAACAGGUCCAAGAAGUCAAAGACACAAGACCAGUCAAAGGUUCCUCUUCUUCCACCUCUCGGUGUCCGGACAGCGACAGAAUCCGUACACACCCGCCUCUUGCCUCAUCUUCUUCGGGAUCUUCCGCCUUCCCUUCUUCACCUGGAUUCGUGACAGAGGAGGUGAGGGCGGAAGCGCCUGAGCAGCUUUUUCCUGCAGAAGUGAGAGAGGCCUUCGCGGAGAAAGUGGAGAGUCUGCUGGAGAGGAGAGCCGAGAGACUGGAGAGUUCGUCGCAGACGCGCGGACGCGAACGCAAGACUGCCGACGGAGAGCUUGCGACGGCGACUCUCGCCUUCCUCGACGUCGCAGCCUCGCGCCUCGGCGCCGUGGCGCCGGCCCUCAGUGCAUCCCUCACGCGACGGGCAUUUGAGGUCGCAGCGGCUUCCGGACUCGAAAUGGAUGCCAAGACGAAGCGAGACGUCUGUCCUUUCUGCGGCUGCAUGCGUAUUCCUCUCCUCACUUCGUCAGCCGUCCUCUCUCAAGUCGUGGGGAGGAAACGCCAAGCAAAUCGAGCUCUGCGGCGAGACUUUUUGCGGCAGCUUGCGGGAGGAAACGUCUCCGCCUUUCCUGGCAAGAAAGGAAAUUCCUUUUCUGCAAAAGAUCUGUGUCGCCUCUCUGGGGCGUCCAGUGACGCUCUUCACAGAGGCGAGGCGAAGGGAGGCUCAGGCUGUGAAGAAGUGCAUGCGUCGAUGAAUGCGCACAGCCUCGCAGCGAAUCGCUUCCUGAAGAACGAAAUGCUGUUCCUCUGCUUCCUCUGUGGACGGUCUUCUCCGCCCGUGCCGGGGUGUAUCUCCACCGUGGGCGUGUCUCGCGAGAAGCCGAGGUUUCUGGGAUCUGCGAUUCGCGCACAAACGCGCGUCCCUGUCUCCAAACUGGUGUCUGCCGCCGAUUUCAACAAGCGAAAAAGGAGGCGUCAGGAAUCCGCAGCGAGGGCGAGGCUGUCAUCUCCGAACGAGCAUCAGUGUCCACCUGCGAGCUCUUCCUCUCCCCCUCCCGCGCCUCUCCAAGCAGCCUCCUCUGGCCACUUGCAGCUGCUCUCCUCUCUCAACGCGCACCUUCCUUCCUCCCUCAGUUCUCCUCGCUCCUCUUCGUCUCCCUCUUUUUCUCCUUUCCCUCCGUUUUCGUCGCGCUGUUCCGUCUCGUCUUCCUCUUCUUCGCGUCUCCCUCCGGGUCCAUCGAGUUCUGAGUCUCGCCACGGUUCUGGGCCGAAGCGGAGGAAGCAGUUCCGCACCUUGGAGGACGCAGUGCGCGCGGCGCAGAAACUGACCGCGGGUGUCUGUACAACUCGGCAAAGAGCCCCAGCGGCAUGCGGACCUGCGGGGGCCGCUCCGCGUUCAGGUGAAGCGCGCCAGCAGGCAAAGAGACAGAACGGCCGGUACUUUGCCCUCGCUUCGGGUGUACAUCCGCCGGCGGGAGGCGACGCGGGGCGAGCUCAGCGCGUGGAGAGAGACGCGCAGAGAGACGAAGGAGAGGCAAGUGAGUUCGACAUGCGGGCCGACCUGGAGCAGAGAGAGAGGACCACCGGCGCUUCUUUCCCUGAAGCGCGAGAGCCUGGGGGGGCCAUCAAUAUGUGGGCUCGACCGACACGGGAGACAGACCCGGACACAGAGCGAAAAAAGAACAACGGUCUCGACGCAGGAGGCGACUUGCAAGAAAAACAGAGCGUUCAAGUUCCAGUUCGCGUGGACGCGGGGAAAACAGAGACAGGUGACAGUCUCUACGAGUUGCUUGGGAAGCUUAAUGGCUUCGAUACGCUCUAAGGGUCCGCGUCUCGUCUCAGGUGGAUGCGACUGGUGUUGUGCGCCAUAGUGACGUUUUUGAGGCGAGAAAAGCGACGAAAGACGGAGGCGACGGCCGUCUAGUCGGGAGACUGAGGACGACUCCUUUUUCGAGAUACCCCAAGUUCGUGAACUGUUUUGCCCAUCUGGGACUGCUUCAGGCAGCUAGACGCAAAGUGGCUCUGUAAAUUUGAACUUCCGCGUAAUCUUCCCCGGGUCUACGCGCAGUCGGUUCAUGACUCGAUGGUACGCUUUCUGUGUGUUUUGGUGAUGGAUAAAGACGCAAUUCGUUCACGCGCUUCUAUUCAACCGCAAUAGACACACCCUCGUACACUCAUUCCACUUGUCUCCGGUUCAAGUUGAGCUCAACUUCACUAACUCUCGCGAUUGUGUCAUGCAGCGACCGAACGGGAAGACACUCGUGUUGUUUCGAAGCACGUCAGAGCCGGGAAGUCAGCGUCUAAAAGUGUAACCGAAUAUCGCCUUUGAUGCACAACUGGGC